AUGUCGGCGCCCACGAGGAUCCGAAUAGCCGCCGGUGGUGUGGUGGGCAAACAGCAGCCAUCCCAAUGUCGCUCGUACUUUCUCUCCAACAGGCCACCAACAUAUUCGACGGUGACGUCAUCAAAGAAAGCCGCCAGCGCAUCAUCGUCACCAGCGUCCGUCGCAAAUACCACCACCAACAAGCGCUCAACAUCUACCCUCCCCGAAACCUGGUUCAAUCCCAACAAAGUCCAAAUUUCCGCGAAAGCGAAAUCAGAAUCCAACACCGAUAAGAUCCGACCUCCAGAUGGCCCCGGCGGGCUGAACAAGCCUCCAGACGAGCGCAAAGUCAAGCUCGGCAAAACCCUUCGAAUCCUCCAAGCCCAUCUCCCAACCAUCCUCGAAUCCCCCUUACCCACCUCCAUCCUCUCCCCGCAAAUCUCCCUCCACCUCUUCCCCUCCACGCACCCGCACCUGCCCACCGUCACCGGCCGAGUCGCCUACAUCGCCGCUCUCUGGACCGCCCCGCUAGCCUGGAACCGGCUCCCAAUAAUCGGCAACGUUCGCAUCGAGAUCCUAUCCGAACGCAUGGUCGACCGCCCGCUGUACAGCCCGCAGUCGCAGAACCGGCGCAUCGGCGCUUUUGGCGAGCAGUUGAUUGUGCGGUGGCGGACGAUUGGGAAGUCGAAAAACUGGGGGUUGAGUUUCAUUAACGGAGGUGAAGAUGCCAAGGGGGUUAGGGAUGCGGAUUUGAAGGGUGCCACUGAAACGGAAUACAAAGCACCCGUGGGCGAUGCGGAACCUUCGGCUGGGAGAGAUGGCAGUAAGAAGUCGGAGUUCACGGGGCUGUUCAUCUUUGAGUUUGAUGGCGAGGGACGGAUAUUGAGUCAUACGAUUGAACAUGUCCAGCAGAGCGGGGAGGUUGAGAAGGGGGUGGGUGCUACUGUGGUUGGGUUGACGGAUUGGUUGUUGGGAGGGAUGAAGGGGGCUAGGGAAGGGGAGGGGGGAACUUGUCCUGCUUUUACGGGGAGGCAAGGUGAGGGAGCCGGUGGUGAGGUGAGGUGA